AUGUACGGUAAAGAGGCUUUGUGUCAAGUGGAAUUAUGUGCUAAUCGAUUUUGGGCGUUGGACCUAGGACCACCACCAUCACAGCCAGUCAAAAUGCAAGAAAAUUCCUGGUGCCAACAUAGCAGCCAGUCCUUCAAGGACCCCAUCUUAGUCAUAAUCACAUUUGCAGCAAUAAUAGGAUCAUUCUCGUUGCUAUGUGGUUUUGUGCUGCUGUGUGUAGUCUCAAAAACUCUUAAUAAUGAAGUAUCAGAAGCAGUUCUGUUGGUUGGAAUGGGUUUCUUCAUAACAUCAGUAUCGUACGUGACUUGGAAAAUUACCAACAAACGACGAAUCGAGCAAAUGAUUUUAGCCUUGAAGGAAGAGGACAUCGCAUGAUGACAGAGAGCCUCUCUCAUAUAUUUAUUUAUUUAAUUUAUUUACUUUAGCUAAUAUUCGAAUAAAAGACUGAUAUUUUGUUACACGA